AGUGGGACUGAAAGAGCUCAAAAGUUCACUCUUUUAGUAAAGGAAAGAGAAAUACAUCUUCGUAAUUUUUUUUUUCUUCCGAGGUUAUCUUCUGUGCUUCACCUGUUCAUCUUCUUCAUUCGGUUUCAUUGGCAUCUUGGGAGAUUAAAGAUGAGUUAUUUGGGAGUUGGAGUUAGUCCUGGCAAUGUCCCAGUCUACCAUGGCACAAGCUUGAAGGUGAUUGACAGAAGAGUGAGGCUAGCUGAGCUGGUUCUCAGAAUCUUGACUUGUGGGCUUGCUCUUCUCUGUGUUGUUCUUGUAGCUACUGAUAGCCAGACCAAGGAGUUCUUCUCCAUUCAGAAGAAAGCUAGCUACACUGACUUGAAAGCCCUUGUGUUUCUGGUGGUGGCAAAUGCAAUAGCAGCAGCAUACUCAUUUGUCCAAGUGGUGAGGUGUGUAGUGAGCAUGGUUAGAGGGAAUGUGCUGUACAACAAGCCCUUGGCUUGGCUCAUCUUCUCUGGAGACCAGGCAAUGGCAUACAUGACCGUGGCAGCACUGGCAGCUGCGAUCCAAUCGUCUGUGUUUGCAGAGACAGGACAGCCCGAGCUGCAGUGGAUGAAGACUUGCGAUAUGUAUGCAAAGUUCUGCAACCAAGUUGGAGAAGGAGUAGGGAGUGCUGUCAUAGCUUGCAUCAGCAUGGUGGGGGUUUCCUGCAUUUCAGCCUUUGGCCUCUUCAGGCUGUACAACAACAAGGGCAAGAGCGACGCCAGGUGGUAGGAUUGUGUAUCCAGCAAGUUUUUCGCCUGCUCGGAUCCAGCCCCAAAGACCUGUUCUUCUUGUAUGUGUGUGUAUGUUUUUGGUCUGCAAUGUUUCUGAAAGCUAAAUGUAGGUUUAUGUUUGGUGUUCUUGUAAUAUAGAAGGUGAAAGGUUCAAGGAAAUGGAAUAAAGUGAAGAUGUGUAUUCUUUUGUUAUUUCCAGCUUGUCUCAGGGAGGAAAUUCGACUAGCGGUCCAGUAAAUGAUUGGGCUCGGC